UCUCACUGCGCAUGCUCGGUGUGGCUCCUGGCGGUGAAGAUGGCGAUGAACAAUUUCCUCUUCGCUCAGUGUAUUCUCUAUUUCCUGGCCUUCCUCUUCAGCUUCAUCGCCGUCAUCCCGCUCUCCGAGAACAGCGCCGACUUCCACGGGAAAUGUCUUCUCUUCACCGAGGGAGUGUGGCUGAGCGGGAACGUGUCCCUGGAGACCCGGGAACAUUUCACUGUGGAGGAGUGGGGACCGGAAUCCGCCUGCAGGUUCAGCGUCUUCACCGGACUCCUCUCCCUGCUGGCCGCCGCUCUGCAGGCCUGGAGGUCCCUCUUCCUCCUCUGCAAGGGACAUGACGACUCUUUCUUUUACACCUUCCUAAAUAUGCUGAUCAGCUCCUUUGUGGUUUUCGUUACCUUUAUUGCCAGCACCAUCGUCAGCGUUGGGUUUAACAUGUGGUGCGACGCAAUUACGGAGAAAGGAAGUAUGCCCAACAGCUGUGAAGAACUCCAGGACAGAGAUCUUGAACUUAACCUGGAAAAUUCCUCUUUCUAUGACCAGUUUGCAAUUGCCCAGUUUGGUCUUUGGGCUGCCUGGCUUGCGUGGCUGGGAAUUUCCAUCCUUGCGUUUUUGAAGGUCUACCAUAAUUAUAGACAGGAGGACCUGUUGGACAGUCUUAUUCAAGAGAAGGAACAUUUGAUUGGAAAGUCGUCAUCUAGACAUUCUAUGCAUGAAGAGAAAAGUGGAGUGAUAUAACCCAACAAGAAAAGCCAUAACACAUUGCAACAUUUUGAAAAUGAAAGCCUACAGUGUAUCCUUUAAUUUGCUUUGGUUCCUCUUAAUUAGUUCUCAUAAAAGGGGCACAGUGUUUUUUUCCUCUUUGCAAAUAAGCUACCAUUAUUUGGCAAUGUGCAGUUGGUCCUGUUAAGAGAUCAUGCCGGCCACAUGGCAACAAAUCAUAUCAAGUGUUUGCUGAGAUAGCUACAUGCUUUCAAGUUAAAGUGUAAAAGGUUUGUCCACCUAAUGGUGAUAUUUUACUAAUAGGUGGAAAUUAGUGGGCUGGGUAGUGCCCUGGCUUCUUAUAUGUCAUAGAUACUCCAACACUGAGAUCUUCCUGCUAUAAUGUCCCUGACUCUGCUUCUACCCACUUGGGCGUUCCCACUAUCCUCUGCGUGUACCAGCUCCUUCUGGAACAUUCUGUGUAAUAUAAAAUAAAUGUUACAAUCCAACAGGGAAAGUGGGAAUCCCUUAUAUUGCCCACAGCAGAGCCAAGAACUCGCCACUGAGAACUCCCCAAUCGAGUCCCAGAGAGAUAAAAAAGAUUAUCAGGUGGUUUACCUCUCCAGAAUCUACCCCACGACAGGAAUAUCAGUGUUGAGUGAACUAAGUAUUUAAGUAAUUCAGUUGUAUACAAGUUUGAUUUAAAACUUUUUUUUACACCUAAGGCCCCGUACACACGACCGAGUUUCUCAGCAGA